AUGCCGGUAUCAACUGCCCAGUGCCAUGGAUCAGGCGUGCAGCUGGAUCGCACGCGCAUUCCACGCUGGGUAUGGACCGGGUCAACGAUCUUGCCCGCCCUCGGCCAACCUGGGCGGGAGGCGGAAUUGCUCACCCUACUAACCUUCCCCUAUCUCCCCUCCUCUCGGCAGAUCGGCCUCGUCCCUCUCUCGCCACUGCGCCUCCCUUCCUCCCUCAAUCCCCACCAUCGCUACAUGCGGCUGUACCCGUCAUUGGUCGCUGCCAAGGUGAAUUCCAACAUUGCCGCGUCUCCCAGUCCAUUCUCUGCCAACUCUGACGGAGCGCACCUGCGAUCACCCCCGCCCUCCACCGUGUCUGUCGUGCAUUCGUCAAACGAGUUGAUCAGUUCGUGUGGGGUUGCGUGCAUUGUGUGCAGUGCCUGGGAUAGACCCGGCAGCCCAGGGACAUUGCCCAACGAUAGCUUCGUGCAGUCGCGGGGGGCGCCACGUGUCCUUUUCAGCCCGAGCACCGGCCUACGUCUGCGGAGGAGGAUGGUGGAUACCUCGCUCUGCAAACGCAAGAGGCAGCGUAUGGGUGGCCGCAUACGGCGUGAACACGAUGCGGUUUCUGCCGGACUGAUCUGUUUCGAGACGAAUAUUGUGUGCUCCACCGGUGGGCUCCUGUUCUGUCUCGCCAGGGAUUGA